CGGCCCUCCCCUCCCCUGCUCCCCGUCUCCCCUCCGCGCCUCCUCUUGGCCUACUCGCCAGUGUGGCGGCACCCAGCUGCGCCGGCGAUGGCGAGCCGGACUCGCCAAAUACGGCGGCGCUCGCGCCCGCUGUGAGCUCCGCUAGAGCACGGCCGGCAUCGCCAGCGCGCGCGAGGCGCUCUACGUGAAGCGGCGAUGUCGUCCCGGGCCCGCCUCUCCUCUAUAUUCGCCGCCACCGCGUCCUCAACGGCGUCUUCGCCGUCGCCGCGGAGCGCUCCCAUUGACGCCCUGGCAGCCGCCACGGAGCGCGCUCGGGCCGGGACGCUCCGGCCGGCGGACGCCCACCACCUGUUCGACCAAUUGCUGCGGCAGCCAACCAGCGUCCCGGAGCGCGCGCUCAACGGCUUCCUCGCCGCGCUGGCCCAAGCGCGGCCGUCAUCGGCCUGCAGCGACAGCCCCGCCCUCGCCGUCGCCCUCUUCAACCGAAGGUCUCGGAAUUCAGCUGGCCCACGGGUGCUGCCGACGACGGUCCACACCUACGCCAUCCUCAUGGACUGCUGCUGCCGCGCGCGCCGCCCAGACCUAGCGUUUGCCUUCUUCGGCCGAUUUCUCCGGACGGGCCUGGCAAUCAGUGCCAUCCUAUUCAACAGCCUCCUCAAGGGUCUUUGCGAUGCAAAGCGGACGGAUGAGUCUCUGGACGUGCUGCUCUGCAGGAUGCCUGAGCUUGGGUGCGUGCCCAAUGUUAUCUCCUACUCUGUUCUUCUGAAGAGUUUCUGCAGUGAGAAGAAAAGCCAGCGAGCGGUUGAGCUGCUCCAGAUCAUGGCCAAAGAAGGAGGUGUUUGCUCGCCCAACGUGGUAUCAUAUAACACGGUCAUCGAUGGUCUCUUUAAGGAGUGUGAAGUAGCUAAAGCAUGUGAUCUGUUCCAUGAGAUGGUGCAGCAGGGGAUUUCACCUGAUGUGAUGACUUACAGCUCUAUUAUUCGUGCACUGGGCAAGGCCAGAGCAAUGGAUAAGGCAGAGAUGUUCUUCCGACAGAUGGUUGAUAAAGGGGUUCAACCGGACAUUUUUAUCUACACUAACUUAAUCCAUGGAUAUGCCACUUUGGGCCAGUGGAAGGAGGCAGUUCGGGUAUUCAAUUUGAUGGUCGAUGAUGGCAUUGUACCUGACCACCAUAUUUUCAAUAUACUGAUUCAUGCAUAUGAUGCACGUGGAAUGAUGGGUGAUGCUGACGCGAUGCUUAUAUUUCAUGAAAUGAAGCAGCAAGGAGUGAAGUCAGAUGUAGUCACCUACUUGAAUGUCAUUGCUGCAUUUUGCAGAAUGGGCCGGCUGGAUGAUGCUAUGGACAUAUUCACUCAAAUGAUUGAUCAGGGAUUGCCACCUAACCAAGCUGUUUACCACUGCCUGAUUAAGGGUUUCUGUACUCAUGGUGGUUUGGUGAAAGUCAAGGAAUUACUUUCUGAGAUGAUCAGUAAAGGUAUGCAUCUUGACGUUGUGUUCUUCAAUUCAGUAAUAAAUGACCUUUGCAAAGAAGGAAAGGUCGUGAAAGCACAACAGGUAUUUGACUUCAUUAGACAUAUUGGGUUGUGUCCUAAUAUCGCUAUGUUUUGUUCACUGAUGGAGGGAUAUUGCUUGAUUGGCAAGAUGAAGGUAGCGUUGAGAAUAUUUGAGUCUAUGGUGUCAGCUGGACUUCAACCUAACGUUGUAGCUUAUGGUACACUUAUUAAUGGCUAUUGUAAAAGAGGACGGAUCGACAAUGGACUGAAUAUUUUCAGAGAAAUGUUGCUUAAAGGAGUCAAGCCCUCAACUAUUACAUACAACAUAGUUAUAGGUGGGUUAUUUCAUGCUGGGAGAACCGUUGCUGCAAAGGAAAAGUUCCAAGAAAUGAUUGAAAGUGGAAUACCCGUGGACAUUGGAAUAUAUAACACUGUCCUUUAUGGACUUUUGAGAAAUAACUGCUUUGAUGAAGCAGACACUCUGUUCAAGAAAUUACGUUCAACAAAUGUGAAGAUUGAUAUCGUAAUUAUCACUACUAUGAUUUCUGGAAUGUUUAAAGCUAGGAGAAUCAAAGAAGCUAAGUAUUUGUUUGAUUCUAUAUCAGCCAACAAGCUGGUGCCUUCUAUUGUGACUUACAGCUUAAUGAUUACAAAUUUCAUAAACGAGGGGUUGCUGGAAGAGGCAGAUGAUAUCUUUUCUGCAAUGGAAAAGGCUGGCUGUGCCCCUAACUCUAGACUGCUAAAUCAUGCCACAAGGUUGUUACUUGAGAAAGGUGAAAUAAUCAGGGCUGCUAAUUAUCUUGCUAAGAUUGACAAGAAGAAUUUCUCACUUGAAGCUUCAACCACUGAGAUGCUUAUCUCUCUCUUCUCAAGAAAGGAGGCAUGGCAGGAGCACAUAAAAUUGUUCCCUGCAAAGUAUCAGUUUCUUGUGGGCGCCAGCUACAGUUGAUACAUUUUAUAUGUGCUUAAGUACCCAGAGUAUGCUCUUGAGUUUUGUAUUUCACAUGGUAUAUUAUCUGCAAGCAUGCCAGAUAGCACUGGACGCUAGAGGUUACAAAGGAAAUCAAUGCCAAUAUGUGUGGUAGAAGACUAUGUGGUUCAAAAUUAAUUUGCGUCUCUUAAAUUAUGUAACUAUUGCUACAGUUCAAACAAGAAAUGAUUUACAAUUCAUUAUGAAUUCUUCCUAAAGAACUUCAAGGUUCA